GGUCAGGAUCCCCUCCCUAGCAUGGUCUCGGCGUCCAACCCACCCAGCCAGCCGGCGCGCACGCCCGACCAGCAAGUGAAGGCGCUACUGGAGUUCAAGGCGGCCCUGACGGACGACGAGGGCGUGCUGCAGAACUGGAGGGAGGGCUCGGAUCCCUGCCUGGAUGGCUGGGACGGCGUUGAGUGCAACUGCACGGAGAGAGUGCCCGACGGGCUGCCGCCCGUACCGUUCUGCGAGGAAAGGGACGCCCAUGGCCCCGACCCGAGGGUGCUGGAGCUGACCCUGGGGGACUCUAACCGGGAGGAGAUGCUGAAUGGCAUGAUCUCGCCCGCCCUGGGCAACCUCCCAGAGCUCUGGAAGCUGGACCUGUCUGGCCAGGCGUUCACGGGCACGAUACCCGACGCCCUUGUCAACCUGAAGAACCUGGCCUUCCUGUCCCUGCGCUCAAACCAGCUGACUGGCACCCUGCCGGCCUUUCUGUCGGAGUUUGAGCUCCUGACGGAGGUGCUGUUGGGUCAGAACGAUUUCGAGGGCGCCGUGCCUGCAAGCUGGUGCAACCAGGCGGGGAACCGGUCGGAGACGCCGGGGUUCAGGGAGAGAAUCAGCCUGGAGGGCAACCUGGGGCUGUGCGGCAAACUGCCGGACUGCUUUAACGAAACUUCACCACGGUUUAAGGAGACCAACCUGCAGUUGGGAGACGGGAUGGGAGGUGUGUGCGACCAGACACCGCCUGUGUGCGAUGAGGCUGAAAUCAUUGUUCCAAAGUUUUGGACCAAUGCGAGCCAGAUAACGUUCAACUUCACAGGUUGCAAAGACAAUGACAGUGGCAUUUCAGAGGAGACGUUCAGCGUCCAGCGUUCAGGGUCGCCCGAGGAUGAGAAGGGGGGUCUGGUCAAAAAUGAGUCCUUGCCGGAACCAGUGGUUGAGGAAAUGAAAGAAGGGCGCAAGGUUAGGAUGUUUGUGUUUAACUUGACAGAAGUUGAGCUGAAGGAUGGCAACCACUUCAUUGUGAUAGUGACUUCUGCCAACAAGGCGGGACCCAAAUUACUCACUUCCAUCUCCAGUGAAGAUGUUACAGUUGACAGCUCAGCCCCUGAGCCAGGGACGGUGACGUUACAAUGUGUGGUCGAAGGAAAGGGAUACGAUGGAAAUUGCCCAGUGGGGAAGGGUGUCCAGCAGGACGGUGCUGGGAGAGAGCUGAACGUCAGGUGGACCGGCUUUCGGGACAACCAUACUGAUGUUGAAGCUUAUUCUAUCAAAGUCUCUCAGCAGCCGGCACAAAUUCCUGGUGAAGAUCCUGUCGAACCUGUGGAUUUGAACGUGACGAUGGAAUUUGUCCGAGAGGACUUGAAGAGCUUUAACUCAUCGUCCGAACAGAAUGCGACAGAAACAGGCAUGCUCGUUUUCGAACAGAAUGUGACGGUUCGAGCCAUCCCUGAGGGGGAUAGUUAUGUUGUGGAGGUGUUGGCAAGAAACGAGGCUGGCUUGGAGCGGCAAGCCACUGCUACCAUUGCAGUGGUUGCCACUGAUGUUGUUGGAGGGAAUGGGCCCACCAGAGGCGCAUUGGCUGCAAUUAUUGUUAGUGCAGUGGUUGCAGGGGCCUUGGUGGCUGGCGCAUUGGUUUGGUUCUUUGUACGAGGCAGGAUGGGCAACUCUCAGGAGUCAGCCUCACAGCGCAGGGUCGAGAUGCUGAAGGAGCUGAUGAACGGGCUGCUCGAUGUUCCAUCCGAGACAGAAAAAGACAGAAGAAAUAACCGCGAGCCGAUCGACCAGAGCCAAUUUGAGAAGCGGGACGUCGCCUUCGUGGUGACCGACCUAGAAAGCUCCUCAGCCAUGGCGCAGCACUCUGAGACUGUGUUCACAAAGAUGCUGGAUGUGCACAACUUCAUCAUCCGAGAGCUUUUGGAGCAGGAGAACGGGUAUGAGAUAGGCACAGAGGGCGACUCGUUCCAGAUCGCUUUCACGAGCAUUGUUGAUGCUGUGGUGUUUUGCAUGAACGUCCAGUACAGGUUUCUGCAACACAAGUGGACCAAUGACAUGCUCAAGCUGCCCAGCUGCAGCACAGAGAAGUCUGCAGUUGGAGACUUAUUGUUCAAGGGUCCCCGUGUGAGGAUGGGCAUUCACUGGGCAGCGGAGGGGACGGUCACGAGCAGGGCACACCCUGAAACCAAGCGCCACUUCUUCGCUGGCCCCGCUUUCGAUGUCGCCAACGAGCUGGGAAACGCGGCCUGCGGUGGCCAGGUUCUGAUGACGUAUGACGCCUGGAAGGAGCUGCAGCCUCACAUGAAAUAUGCAGAGUUCCCAACUGUGGAGCAGGUUGGCCUGUUUCGCAUACCCAAGUGGCCAACGCCCAUCUGGCUGUACGAAGUCAAGCAGCUCAUCGGCCGGCCACUAGGGAGGGCGUUCCCAGAGGGUCCCAGGGGUUUGACCCAGGUGGAGAAGGGCUCUGGCCUGAGGAUCACCCCCCCUCCACGACCAGGAGGGAAGCUGUGCUUCGUGUCUGCCCGCAUGACCUUCCCACCUAGCGUGGAUGGCCUACCGGACAUGCCCAUCAGCCUUGCAGAGAGUUUGUACAGCGUUUUGGCCACACAGGCCCAGCAGUUUGGUGGCUACAUCUACUGGUGCCAAGUUGAAGUUGGCCAAAUGACGCUGGUUUUCCAGCAGACCCUGGAGGCUGUACGUUACUGCCACAGUGUGCAGGCCCACCUGGUGCACCUGAAGCUUCCAGAAGAGGAGUUGGAACUGUGUGGGCCGAUUGUUAGCGGCAAAGAUGGAUAUAUUUUCAGAGGCCCAAGGGUGGCCCUUGCUGUGCACACCACCAAGGAGUACGAAGAGGUGCAGCUAUCAGGGGCCCCCGGGGGCGAGGGGGGGAGGGUCAUAUACCAGGGUCCUGGGGAGGACUUCACGCGGCGCCUGUGUAAGAUCAUAAACGGGGGUCAGACGGUGCUCAGCGACCAGGCGUGGGCAGUUGUGCAGGACAAGAUCCCUGCCAAGUCGCAGUCGAUCAGCCUGGGGAAGCACAUAAUCGACGAUGUCGUGGUCCAGGCAGUUAUGCUGAUGGAGGUGCUGCCGACAAUGCUGGCGGAGAGGAACUUUGGCGACCUGAGGAGCAAGGGGAAGCUGGAGCCAGGGUUCAGGGAUUCGCCACCGGACUCGCAGGACAUGGCGAUCGUCUUCAUCAAGGCAGAGAAACCUGACGAUGUUGGCCACGCUGAGAAAAGUGGCAAGACGGAGGGGGUCUCUAACGACCACGUUCGGAAGGUGCUCACUGCCUACCACGAGGGGGUGAGCAUGUACUGUGACUUGGUGCGUAGGUGUCUGAAGCUGUAUGACGGGUACGAGUGCAAGGAGCCGGAGUCUGGCAAGUUCACGUUGGCCUUCCGACAGCUGGACAAGGCGAUCUGCUGGGGAGCGCACAUGCAGGUGGAGAUGCUUCAGUUGAACUGGCCAGCAGAGCUGUUGGAAAUGGAGCAGUGCCGUGCAGAGACCAACCCGUCGCUCGGAACGGUCAUCUGGAAGGGCCUCAGGAUCCGUAUGGGGAUGGUUUAUGGGGACCCUGGCCAGCGCCAGCCGUUGAAGACGGGGCGGGCGGACUACUUUGGCAACCUUCCCAACCUGGCUGCCAGGAUAUCCAACCUCGCUGCCCCCGGCCAGAUUCUGUUUGACGCAACUAACGGCAACAACCUGGGUUUUGACGUGCAGUGGAUACAGAAGGGCGAGGUGGGCCUGCUGCAUUUCCCUCCCGACGUCCACAUCAACGAGGAGGUGGUCGAGUUGAGGAACAUGGGGAGGUUCCUGCUGAGGGGCUUCGAGAAGGACCCCAAGCUGGUGUACCAGGCCGUGCCACUGUCCCUCAUGUCCCGCGACUUCAAAAUGAACCUGCGCAACGGCGCCCUGCGCUUGACGGAGAGCCCCUCCGACCAAGAGGCCCAGCGCACGGUGCUGAGGAAGGCCCUCCAGAGGCUGCGCGGCCCCCUGGGGCCCGGGGGGCGCUUCGGAAUAAAGCUGCCCAAGAGGCGGCGGGGCAAGGGGGAGCGGAAUAAGGGCUCGCCGGGCCGGGAGGGGCCGGCCGCGGGGCGCCACAACCACCUGGACACGAACAUGUCGAUCGACUCCAGCCACCCCAUGCUGGGGCAGGCGAUGCGGUCCUCUACCUUCAACGAUGCCUCCUCGCUCUCGCCCUCCGUCUUCAACGAGUCCCCGCGCGGCGACCCCAGCGGCGAGUCCGGUAACCACUCCCGGCCCUUCGCCAACGGCUCAUUCGUCCCCGAGCGCUCCGCCCUGUCGGUGGUCUCCAACCGGAGCAGGUCCCCCGUGGCCAGCACCCACGACUCCGAGGGCCCGCUGCCGUCCAUGACCAGCGGCGGGCCGUACUCUAUGUGGCGCAUGUGGCGCGAGGUCAGCCCGGACGGGUCGUUCACCGAACAGGUGCGAUCGUCGCGAUCUGUGGGGCCGUCCUCGCUGUCCCAGGUGGCCUUGGCGGGCAACGGCCGCCACGGGGACUCUCCUGGGGACGACGCCGAGGACAGCGGCAGCGGAUCGUCGCCGCGUCCGACAACGGCAAGAUCCUCGAGAGGGGCCCGCGGGGCACCCAGGUGGGACUCUGAAUCGGCCUUUGCCAAGCCCAGGACGGAUGGCAGCUUUGCACGGGAAGUUGCCGAAGUUUACGCACGCCGGGGGCCUUAUUCCAGCCCCGCGCACUCGCAGCCCGAUUCAGCUGCCUCGUGUGUGGACGUGGAGAGCCAGGACAACCCGCAGGCGAGCGCACGGUCGGCGCCCAACCUGUGGGUGGCGGGCCUGGCGGGCGGCGACAGGCGGGAGUGGCUACAGGGCCUGAACGGGAGCAGCGCGAUGGCCAGGCACGGCCGCACGCGUUCCAAGGACUGGAUGGCGAAGCGGCCGUCGAGGCUGUCGGGGGACUGA